AUGUUCGACACGAUAUGCACGCUCCCGCUUUCGUCGGAGCUGUUCGCCCAAGCUCUACACCCUACAGCACCCCUGGUCGCUGUAGGACUUAGCUCCGGACAUGUUGCGACGCUGAAACUGCCACCAGUCGAGGGCGAUGAUGAGGAUGAGGCUCAAGCUGAAGCUGCAGCAACUGGACGCGGUCAGGUCGAGGCUGCGUGGCGUACGCGUAGACACAAGGGCAGCUGCAGAAGUCUCGGCUACAGUCUGGACGGAAGCACCCUCUUCAGUGCUGGUACCGAUGGAAUCGUCAAGGGCGCCGACAGUGUCACUGGUAAGGUUGUCACCAAGAUCGCUGUCCCUCUUGAUCCUCCCCAAACCUUCCUCCUCGCAACCGACAGCUCUGCCCUCCACCUCUACGAUACCCGCGAAGCCAACUUCUCGACCUUCUCCACUACUCGUCCUUCGCAAACACACCACCCCCACGAAGACUAUAUCUCCUCCCUGACACCACUUCCUGCUUCCGAGACCAGCACUUCUGGCUACAGCAAACAAUGGGUCACAACUGGCGGCACUACUCUCAGUGUGACUGAUCUGCGUCGCGGCGUUCUGGUCCGUAGCGAAGACCAAGAAGAGAUUCUGCUUUCCUCCUGCUUCGUCUCUGGCUUGCCCGCACGCAAGACCAGUUCGUCAAAGGGCGAGAAGCUUGUCGUUGGUGGUGGUGAUGGUGUGCUUACACUUUGGGAGCGCGGAGUCUGGGAUGAUCAAGAUGAGCGCAUCACUGUCGACCGCAGCGCCGGUGGUGGUGAGAGUUUGGACGUCAUUCGCGUCCUACCNCCAGACGUCGGUCCUGGCGGCAAGGUUCUUGCUGUGGGCAUGGGUGAUGGUAAGGUUCGCUUCGUUAAGCUCGGUCCCAACAAGGUCAUCUCGGAGAUCACACAUGACGAUGUCGAGGGUGUCGUAAGCUUGGACUUUGACGUUGCAGGAAGACUCAUCACAGCAGGUGGCAGCACCAUCAAGGUCUGGCACGAGAUGGUCGACGAAGAUCAGCACGCCUACGUGGAUGGUGAUCUCAAGAGAGAAGCCGAGGGCAGCGAUGCAUGCAGUGACGAUGACGACAGCGACAUGGGUAGCGAUGACAGCAGCGACGAAGAAGACAUGGGCCGUAAACGCAGAAAGAAGAGAAAGCGUGCAAAAGGCAAGGACAAGUCUGGAGGCGCAAAGAGCAUGGGCUCCUUCGCCGGUCUGGAUUAG